AAAGUUCGUCCCAACUUUUUCUCCCCCGGGCGGGCGCGGCGGGCGCAGUCCGGGGGCAGGUUGCUGCGCUACUCCUCGCUCCGCCGCCUGCCCUCCCGGCGCUGGUCCUCGGGGAGCGGCCGCCACUCAGUGGCCCCUGGCGGUCCUUCCCCUCCCACCUCGCCCAUCCUCCCGGUCCCAGCCUCCCUCUGGCGGGACAGACCCGAGCCGGGGUGGUUCUCCUUUUCCCCUUCUCCGAGCGCCCCCGCGCCAACUCUCGCGCCGGGAUCGCGGCGGAAACCUCCCUCCUCUUUCGCCUCCUUCGGCUCCUUCCCUCCGCCCUUCCACCGCCAGCCACUGGAAUCAAUUCUUUGGGGGAAUUGGGGUUUCGCCGCUGCCGCCGCCGCGGAGGACAGCCUUUCCGCGCGGGACUCCGGGGCACCGAUAGGGCCAUGUAAGCAGCGACCCUCCAGAGCGCCACGCUGGGCAUGGACGCCUUUUUCCGCACUUGGAGGAGCACGGGUGCUAGUGUCAUCGCCCAGUCACAAAGCUGCUAAGGCCGUCUCAGGGGCGUGGGCGUCAGGACAGGAGGGCAGCAUCCGAGGGCCAUAGAGCCAUGCCUUUCGGCCUGAAGCUCCGCCGGACCCGGCGCUACAACGUCCUGAGCAAGAACUGCUUUGUCACCCGCAUCCGCCUGUUGGACAGCAACGUUAUCGAGUGCACGCUGUCUGUGGAGAGCACGGGGCAGGAGUGCCUGGAGGCGGUGGCCCAGAGGCUGGAGCUGCGGGAGACGCACUACUUUGGCCUUUGGUUUCUCAGCAAGAGCCAGCAAGCACGAUGGGUGGAGCUGGAGAAACCUCUGAAGAAACAUCUGGACAAAUUUGCGAAUGAACCUCUGCUUUUCUUUGGAGUCAUGUUUUAUGUGCCAAAUGUGUCGUGGCUUCAGCAAGAGGCCACAAGAUAUCAGUAUUACCUGCAAGUCAAAAAAGACGUGCUUGAAGGGCGGUUGCGAUGUACGCUGGAACAGGUGAUCCGGCUGGCGGGCUUAGCUGUGCAAGCUGAUUUUGGAGACUAUAAUCAGUUUGACUCUCAGGAUUUCCUCAGAGAAUAUGUGCUAUUUCCAAUGGAUUUGGCCCUGGAAGAAGCUGUUCUGGAGGAGCUGACACAGAAGGUGGCCCAAGAACACAAAGCCCACAGUGGAAUCCUGCCAGCAGAAGCUGAGCUUAUGUACAUCAAUGAGGUGGAACGUUUGGAUGGCUUUGGACAGGAAAUCUUCCCUGUGAAGGACAAUCAUGGAAACAGUGUGCACCUGGGCAUUUUCUUUAUGGGGAUAUUCGUGAGAAACAGAAUUGGAAGACAAGCAGUAAUAUACAGGUGGAAUGACAUGGGGAAUAUCACUCACAACAAGUCAACUAUCCUGGUGGAGCUCAUCAGCAAAGAGGAGACUGCCCUCUUUCACACGGAUGAUAUCGAAAAUGCCAAGUAUAUAUCUCGAUUGUUUGCUACACGGCACAAGUUUUACAAACAAAACAAAAUCUGCACUGAACAAUCAAAUUCUCCACCCCCUAUCAGACGCCAGCCCACCUGGAGCCGGUCCUCCCUGCCCCGGCAACAACCGUACAUCUUGCCUCCCAUGCAUGUCCAGUGUGGCGAACACUACUCGGAAACACACACUUCUCAAGACAGCAUCUUCCAUGGGAAUGAAGAAGCCUUGUAUUGCAACUCGCACAACAGCCUGGACUUAAGUUAUAUAAAUGGCACCGUCACCAAUGGCAGUGUGUGUAGCAUUCACAGCGUCAACUCCCUCAGUUGCUCCCAAAGCUUCAUCCAGGCUUCUCCCGUGUCCUCCAACCUCAGCAUCCCUGGGAGUGACAUCAUGCGGGCUGACUACAUCCCGAGCCACCGGCACAGCGCCAUCAUCGUGCCAUCCUACCGGCCGACCCCCGAUUAUGAGACAGUCAUGCGGCAGAUGAAGAGGGGGGUCGUGCACAUGGACAGCCAGAGCCAGUCCCUGCGAAACCUCAACAUCAUCAACACCCACGCCUACAACCAGCCAGAGGAUCUGGUGUACAGCCAGCCUGAGAUGCGGGAGAGGCACCCCUACACUGUCCCUUAUGGGCCCCAGGGGGGCUACGGUAACAAACUGGUCAGUCCAUCGGACCAGAUCAACCCGAAAAAUACCACGGUGCCAAGCAAGCCCGGGGCAAGCGCCAUCUCACACACAGUGAGCACCCCGGAGUUGGCCAACAUGCAGCUCCAGGGCACCUAUAACUACAACACGGCCCACAUGCUCAAAAACUAUCUCUUCCGGCCACCACCCCCCUACCCACGGCCCCGCCCCGCCACCAGCACCCCGGACCUCGCCAGCCACCGCCACAAGUAUGUCAGCGGCAGUAGCCCCGACUUGGUGACUCGCAAAGUGCAGCUGUCCGUGAAGACCUUCCAGGAGGACAGCUCCCCGGUGGUGCAUCAGUCUCUCCAGGAGGUGAGCGAGCCCCUCACGGCCACCAAGCACCACGGCACGGUGCACAAGCGCCACAGCCUGGAGGUGAUGAGCAGCAUGGUGCGGGGCAUGGAAGCCAUGACCUUGAAGUCGCUCAACAUCCCCAUGGCCCGCCGCAACACGCUGCGAGAGCCGGGGCCCCCCGAGGAGGUGCCGGGGAGCCACGAGGUCCCCCAGCUUCCCGAGUAUCACCACAGGAAGACUUUCUCGGAUGCCACGAUGCUGAUCCACAGCAGCGAGAGCGAGGAGGAAGAAGAGGAGGCUCCGGAACCGGUGCCCCAGAUCCCCGCACUCCGCGAGGAGAUGGAGUACAGCGCCCAGCUACAGGCCGCCUUAGCCCGCAUUCCAAACAAGCCCCCACCCGAGUACCCCGGACCCAGGAAAAGUGUGAGCAACGGGGCGCUGGGGCAAGACCAGGUGUGCCUUCCUCCCGCCAUCGCCAGGGCCAGGGUCCUGAGGCAGGGGCCAGCCAAGGCCAUCAGUAUCUCCCGGGCUGACCAGAUGGCCAUCAACGGGUCCUCUCUUGGUCCAUCCAUCUCAGAGCCCGACCUGACAAGUGUGAAGGAGCGGGUCAAGAAAGAGCCUGUGAAGGAGAGACCUGUGUCUGAAAUGUUCUCCCUGGAGGACAGCAUUAUAGAAAGAGAGAUGAUGAUCCGGAAUCUAGAGAAGCAGAAGAUGGCAGGCCUGGAGGCACAGAAGAGGCCACUGAUGUUGGCAGCCUUGAACGGACUCUCGGUAGCUCGGGGCUCGGGGCGGGAAGAAAGUCGCGUUGAUGCCACCCGAGUUCCCAUGGAUGAGAGGUUCAGAACCCUGAAGAAAAAGCUUGAAGAGGGAAUGGUGUUCACAGAAUAUGAGCAGAUUCCAAAGAAAAAGGCGAAUGGCGUUUUCAGCACAGCAGCUCUGCCAGAAAAUGCUGAGCGCAGCCGUAUCCGGGAGGUUGUCCCCUAUGAGGAGAACCGCGUAGAGCUCAUACCGACCAAAGAAAAUAACACAGGCUACAUUAACGCCUCCCACAUCAAGGUGGUGGUUGGUGGGGCAGAAUGGCACUAUAUCGCCACUCAGGGGCCUCUGCCACACACAUGCCAUGACUUCUGGCAGAUGGUGUGGGAGCAGGGAGCGAAUGUGAUCGCCAUGGUCACCGCAGAGGAGGAAGGCGGACGAACCAAGAGCCACCGAUAUUGGCCCAAACUGGGUUCCAAGCACAGCUCAGCCACCUAUGGCAAGUUCAAGGUCACCACAAAGUUCCGAACAGAUUCCGGUUGCUAUGCAACCACAGGCUUGAAGGUCAAGCACCUUUUGUCCGGGCAGGAAAGGACAGUGUGGCAUUUGCAAUAUACUGAUUGGCCAGAUCACGGCUGCCCAGAGGAUGUCCAAGGAUUUUUGUCCUACUUGGAGGAGAUCCAGUCGGUCCGUCGCCAUACCAACAGCAUGCUGGGAAGCACCAAGAACCAGCACCCCCCAAUAGUGGUCCACUGCAGUGCUGGGGUGGGAAGGACCGGCGUGGUCAUCCUUUCUGAGCUGAUGAUCUACUGCCUGGAGCAUAAUGAAAAGGUGGAAGUGCCCAUGAUGCUGAGGCUCCUCAGGGAGCAAAGGAUGUUCAUGAUCCAGACCAUCGCUCAGUACAAGUUUGUCUACCAGGUCCUCAUCCAGUUCCUCCAAAACUCCAGACUCAUUUAACCCCCUGCUUCAGCUCCUGGAAGAGGCAGCCAGCUCCACCUUACAGAUGGGGAAGCACCUCCAGACAACAUCUGCUCCCCCAGCAGGGCGCGGAUGGCCGGAGCAGGCAGGUCACGGGCUCCCCGAAGACAGGAGCGCCAAGAUCAUUCACAAACAUCAUGUAUUAUUUUAUAUGAGAUAAUUUAUUUUUUUCCCUCUUUGGAAUAACCUUUGUGAAUCAUCGUAGUGCAGUUUUCACAAUAAUAUAGUACUUUUCAUCUGAACCA